AUGGCUCCAAUUACUACAAAAAAAUCAAAAUCUGCUAAAAAAUUUAUUGUUGAUACUUCAGCUCCAGUUGAAAAUGGUGUUUUUGAUCAAGAAGGAUAUGUUAAAUAUUUAAUUGAACAUAUCAAAGUUGAUAACAUUGUUGGUAACUUAGGUGAUGAAAUUUCAGUUGAAUCUGAUGGUUCAAAAGUUGUUAUUGUUUCUAACACUAAAUUUUCAGGUAAAUAUUUAAAAUAUUUAACUAAAAGAUACUUGAAAAAAAAUCAAAUUAGAGAUUGGAUUAGAUUUGUUGCUAUUAAACAAAACCAAUAUAGAUUACAAUUUUACUCAGUUGCCGAAGAUGAUGAUGAAGAAGAUGAAGAAUAA